CAGCGGGAAUCACAAAUCCCUAGUUCUCACACCUCAAUCUCCGGCGACUAUGGCGGUGGUGGUUUUCGGUAACUUAGCUCUCUCAAUCGACGUGGCUUCUUCUCGAACCAUAUUACCCGAUCGGAAGAGUCGUCCAGUGGUGGCUCUGGACGCUGUUUUGAGUCUUCAUAACUGGCCGCCGAGAAGAGAGCCUCAUGCGUUGAGCUCGUUUAUCGCCGGUAAGGGUUUUGAAUCCGACGGAGAGAUUCGGAGCCAGAGAGUGGUGGCUCGUGGAAAAGCGAAUUCGAAGGUGAACGGUGUGGAUUCUUCUGACGCCGGAUCGAGCGAUGAGGAGGGAAACGGUAACGGUAACGGUGAUUGGGAAGAGGAGAAAUUUGAUUGGGAGAAGGAAAUGCGGAGGAGAGUGAAGGAGAUUGAGGAGAAGAAAGAGUUGGAGAAGAAGGCUGAGGAGUUGCAGAGCCAAUUGGAGGAUGGCGAAGGUGUGGAGGAGACCGAGGAAGAGAAACGGAUGAGAGUUAGAAAAGAGCUUGAAAAGGUGGCAAAAGAACAGGCAGAGCGGAGAGAAACAGCACAAUUGAUGUUCGAUUUGGGCCAGAAAGCAUAUGGGAAGGGAAUGUAUGGGCGUGCCAUUGAGUUCUUAGAAGGUGCUCUAACAAUUAUACCAGGGCCAACGUUAUUUGGCGGUGAGAUUCAAAUAUGGCUUGCCAUGGCGUACGAGGCUAAUAGUCGCCACACUGAUUGCAUCGCUCUUUACAAGCAAUUGGAGACGAGACAUCCCUAUGUCAGCAUCCGCCGCCAAGCUGCUGAACUUCGCUACAUUUUGCAAGCUCCAAAGCUCAAGAUAACCCAAGAGGAAAUGGUGACCAUACCAUUGAUUGGUUCUAGUUAUGACAGCUAUGCAGGAACGUGGACUGAUAAAAACAAGGACAGUGAUCGAAAAAACAUUGGAUCAACAACUAAUCAGAUUCCAUCCUCAAGGGACUUUUUAGGGGACUUUAUGGUGUGGCGACCCCCAACUGGAUUGGAGAAAAGCCAAGGUUUUUGGAUAGCUUUGGCACUGUGGUUAGGGUUAGUUGGAGCUGCUCUCUUCUUUCAACAUUGAACUAUAUACAUAAAAAUAUACCAUAAUUGUAUUAAUUCGUCAAUUUCCUUGGAUUGUGCUGUGCUUGUAAUAUUAACUGUCCAGCCCCCAUUGUAAAAAUAUUAGUUCUGUGCAUAAUAUUCCUAUAAAAAAGAAGUUUAAGAUUUCAUUUUUA